CUCGGAGGCGGCCUCCUCCCCCCCGCACAAACCACUCGUUCAUCAACCAGAAAGAGAGGAGGAAAAAAGAGCAGAGGCGAGGGAGGGCUAGACCACCGCCCCGAGGUCGUGGUGGCCGGAUCCAGUAUCAGCGGCUCAGCGCCCGCCCCAGAGCUCGUGGUUGCCGGAUCCAGUACCGGCGUUCUUCCUGAAGCUCACCGGCGGCGCAUCGAUUAGUUAGGCAAAAUGGGUGCCGGCGGUAGGAUGACGGAGAAGGAGCGGGAGAAGCAGGAGGUGCUCAGCAAGCGUGCCAGCGGCGGCGCGGCCGUCCAUCGCUCGCCGACGGACAAGCCGCCGUUCACGCUGGGGCAGAUCAAGAAGGCAAUCCCCCCUCAUUGCUUCGAGCGGUCGGUGAUCAAGUCCUUCUCCUACGUGGUCCACGACCUCGUCAUCGUGGCGGCCCUUCUGUACGUGGCGCUGGCGAGGAUCCCCACCCUCCCGAGCGCGCUGCAGCUGGGCGCCUGGCCGCUCUACUGGAUCGUGCAGGGCUGCGUGAUGACCGGCGUCUGGGUCAUCGCGCACGAGUGCGGCCACCAAGCCUUCUCGGACUACUCGCUCCUCGACGACAUUGUCGGCCUGGUGCUGCAUUCGUGGCUGCUCGUCCCAUACUUCUCCUGGAAGUACAGCCACCGUCGCCACCACUCCAACACGGGCUCGCUGGAGCGCGACGAGGUGUUCGUCCCCAAGCAGAAGGAAGCGCUGGCGUGGUACACCCCUUACAUCUACAACAACCCCGUCGGCCGCCUCGUGCACAUCGUGGUGCAGCUCACCCUCGGGUGGCCGCUGUACCUGGCGCUCAACGCCUCCGGCCGCCCGUACCCACGCUUCGCCUGCCAUUUCGACCCGUACGGCCCCAUCUACAACGACCGGGAGCGUGCCCAGAUAUUCAUCUCGGACGUCGGUGUGGCGGCGGUGUCGUUGGCCCUGCUGAAGCUCGCGUCGGCGUUCGGGUUCUGGUGGGUGGUGCGCGUCUACGGCGUGCCGCUGCUCAUCGUCAACUCGUGGCUGGUGCUCAUCACUUACCUGCAGCACACCCACCCGGCGCUGCCGCACUACGACUCCACCGAGUGGGACUGGCUGCGCGGGGCGCUGGCCACCAUGGACCGAGACUACGGCAUCCUCAACCGCGUGUUCCACAACAUCACGGACACGCACGUCGCGCACCACCUCUUCUCCACCAUGCCGCACUACCACGCCAUGGAGGCCACCAAGGCGAUCCGGCCAAUCCUCGGCGAGUACUACCAGUUUGACCCAACCCCCGUCGCCAAGGCUACAUGGCGCGAGGCCAAGGAGUGCAUCUACGUCGAGCCCCAGGACCACCGCAAGGGCGUCUUUUGGUACAGCAACAAGUUCUAGCUUGCGUCCGUGCACCGUGCUUUUUGCUGCAGGAAUUUGAUGAGGAAGAAUUCAGGAAGAGGAUCCUACCUACAGAUGGUCAGUCAUUAGAUAGGAGGAGAGAGCAUUUCGGGCACAAGGAAGACAAUCACGGCGCCAAUGCCACCAGGUCAGCAAGUGGUAAACGUGUCCGUGGCUUUUGGUCAGUUCAGGCCGUCUUCUUCUUCUUUUCUCUUGCCUUUAGUUCUAGUCGCCGGUUUAGUUUGGCCGGUGGGCGUUGUCCGUGUGGACAUCUUGUCAUUGCAUUGGCGUCAUCUCUCCGUCCUUGUCGUGCUGUUGUAGACCAUUUGGUGUUUAUUGCGGAAUAACUGUACAUCGAGCGGCAACAUUUUUGAGUACUGGUUUGGAUGGAUCGUGUUUCCGGCUUGGUCA